AUGACGUACUGCGAAAAACGACAGCGAAUCCCAUUCGCCCGCGGUCCCCUACCCCCUUCACUAUCACUCCUCCUCCUCGUCGUGUUCCCUCCCCUUCCCCCGUCACUAUCACUCCUCGUCGUGUUCCCUCCCCUUCCUCCGUCACUAUCUCUCCUCCUCGUCGCAUUCCCUCCCCUGAACCCGUCACUAUCAUUCCUCCUCCUCGUCGCGUUCCCUCCCCUUCCCCCGUCCUUUCCCCUCCUCCUCGCGUUCCCUCCCCUACCCCCGUCACGUACACUCCCCCUCCUAGUCGCGUCGCCUCCCCAUCCCCCGUCACAAUCACUCCUCCUCGUCGCCGUCCCUUCCCUUCCCCCGUCACUAUCACUCCUCCUCCUCCCCUCGUUCCCUUCCCUUCCCCCGUCACUAUCACUCCUGCUCCUCGUCGCGUUCCCUCCCCUUCCCCCUCUUUACAAUGCCCGUCCCCCCCCCCCCCCCCCACGCACGCCCUGCCCGUUCCCUUUGCAGGUGCUCCCCACACCCGACGCCAUCUCCCCCAUUCCCCCUCGAUACCUCUCCAUACUCCCCACCGCUAGCACGCCCCUCCCCCGUGGCUACCACUCCCUCCCCGUCACGAUCACUCCCCUUCCCCCUCCCAAACAUUCCCCUUCCCCCUCACUGUCACACCCCUUUGCUGUCGCGCUCUCUCCUCUUCCCCCUCGCUGGCGUGCACAAUCCCCCCCCAUGCGCGCCCUGGCCUUCCCCGUCACUAUCACUCCCCCUCCUCGUCAAGUUCCCUCCCCUUCCCCAUCGUCACCGUGCCCGUCCCCUCCCUCCACACACGCCCUGCUCGUGCCCUUUGCAGCACCCCCCUCCCCCGUCACUGUCACUCCCCCUCCUCGGCACAUUCCCUCCCCUUCCCCCUCGCUACCGUGCCUGUCCCCUCCACAUUUGGCAUUCCCUCCCCUUCCCCUUCGCAUGCAAUACCCGUCCCCGUCGCCAUCUCUCCCUUCCUCCUCUAUAGCUUCUCUUUCCCCACCGCUAGCUCCCCCCUCCCCCGUCACUAUCACCCCCCCUCCUCCACUCCCCUUCCCCCGUCACUAUCACUCCCCCUCCUCGGCACAUUCCCUCCCCUUCUCCCUCGCUACCGUGCCUGUCCCCUCCACAUUUGGCUUGCCCUCCCCUUCCCCUUCGCAUGCAAUACCCUUCCCCGUCGCCAUCUCUCCCUUCCUCCUCGAUUGCGCUAGCACCCCCCUCCCCCGUCACUAUCACCCCCCCUCCUCGUAUCGCGCUCUCCCCUUCCCCGACGCUAGCGUGCCCAUCCUCUCCCCCUCCCCCACGCACGCCCUCCCCUUCUCCUUCGCAUGCACUCCCCUUCCCCUUCGCCAUCUCUCCCUUUCCCCUUCCUUAGCACUCCCCUUCCCCUGUCACUAUCACUCCCCCUUCUCGACGCAUUCCCUCCCCUUCCCUCUCUCUACCGUGCUAGUCCCCUCCCCAUGUGACGCCCUCACCUUCCCCUUCGCAAGCACUACCCUUCCCCGUCGCCAUCUCUCCCUUCCCCCCUCAAUAUCUGCCCCAAACAGAUAG